CCGGGACGCCACGGGGCGGGAUGGCCGAGAAAAGGAGAUCGGUGGCCCGCAAACCGCGACGGGACAAGUCGCACCCCCCCGUCCCGGCCUCCCCCCGGACCUCCCACUCCUCUGACACCCACUCGGCCGAGGGCGGGGGGGCGUCCCCGCCAGGGGAAUCCCUGGAUGUCGGGGACAUCCUGGCCGAGCUCCUGGACCGGGUGAUGGCCGAGUGCGUGCGGGCGGCGGUGGCGCGGCAGGUGAGAGACCCCCCUCCCCCCAUUUGGGGGUCCUGGGAGUGUCUGGUUAGUCCGCGAGGGGGUCUCAGCGAUGUCCGUGCAGCGGGUGCCCUACACGGUGUCCCGGGCGCGGGACGCCAUCCUGUGUGUCGUUGAGUGGCGGUUCCUGGCGCGGGACGAGGGGGACCCCGACCCCGAGAGGGACCCGGACCCCGAGCGAGCCCGAGCCUGGAGAGAGGACGAGGAGCCCCAGCCCUGUGCGCUGGACACCUGGGCGCAGGGCGUUGUCCCCGUCCAGCAGGUCACUCCGUCCCUGGGAGAGGUCCCGUCCCAGGAAUCCCCCAUGACAGACGAGGCUUCUCUCUGAGCGUCCCCUCCGGGCCCGCGACUCUGUCACCGUCCUGCCUGUCCGUCUGUCCCGGAGAGAGGUCCCCGGUGCGAAGCCCCCGAGCCGGGACCCCCCCGCAGCAGCCGGAGCUCCCCCCGGCGCUGUCCCCGUCCUACCCGUGCCAGGCCCACCCCGCCCGCAGCCUCCCACCGCCCCCCGGCUCGCCGACAGAG